GGAGACUGAGGUUUGCUUAGAAACUCUCCUGAAAUAAUGACAGAUGUGAGUCAGUGUUUUAUGUCUCAUCAAACGAAGCCCAUCAAGUUUUUAUUUGGACUUUGACAGAUGUUUGAGACGAAAGCAGAGAUAGGAGAGGAUUUAGAUUUAUUUAGAUUCAGAACAGAAGAAGGCGAGUUGCCACGGAGACGAUGUUUUGUGUUUUUUCCUGCACAGGGGGGGGGAGCUGGGUCUUCAGCUUUUGGGUCAUGACUGAGUCACAGCUUUGCAACCAAAAUGAGAGGAAGAGUGCAACCACUGGUGACCACCAGGAAACAAAUCUACUGGAAUGACGUUGAUCGCUUUAACAAUUGAAAAGGUACAGAACAUCUGAGAACAUAAACACUGGAGCUCCAGCUACGAUGAGAAACGUGCAAACCUAAAAGAAGCUUCCACAAGUUGGAAACUGAGGAGACAAGAUCAAAGCGAGGAUUGGUUGGAGGUGAGAGGGAGGUGAGAGGGAGUGGUGAUGUAUAAAGCAUCGCGCUCCUCCAGCUCUCCGUCACUUCAGCUCUUCUUCAGUCUUCAGCGUCGGACUAAAAUUAAAGAUGUCCGCCCCACAUGACUCACCUGCAGACCCAAAUCCAGCCUUUACCUGGGGUUUGUCCUCCAACAUGUCUGACAUCCAGAAGGCCAUGGCUCUCCUCAUCACCUCCUUCUCCAAAUACGCCGGCAAGGAGGGAGACAAGAACACCCUGAGCAAGGAGGAGCUGAAGGAGCUGCUGCAGAAUGAAUUUGGAGAGAUGGUUUGUAAAUCCAACGACAAAGAAGCCAUCGACCGCAUCUUCCGAGACCUGGACACGAACCGGAGCAACAGCGUGGAUUUCAGCGAGUUCGUCAAGCUGGUGUGUUGUCUCACCCAGAUGUGCCACGAGUACUUCACCUGCAAGAAGUGAGAGCGCCACCGCCAGGACGGCUGUGGAGGGGCAACAGAUAAAAAUACAACCUCAUUGUGAUGGAAAACUAAAUAAAAGUUUGCUUGACUCGGUUGUCAUGGCAACAACAUCUCUUUCCUCUGGUGUUCACAUCAGAACUUUACACGUAUCCCAGCAGGCUUUGCAGGAAGGAAACUAGUCAUGUUGCCGUCAUUUCACCAAAAAUAAAAGGAUAUUUAUGUCAAACUGUUGCAGAUUUUCACAUGUCAGCAAACGUAACCCUCCUCUGAUAAAAGGUCAUCCAGUCAUAAUUCUAUGAAUCUUUAAUGUUUUUAUUACAGCACGCAGUGAUAGUAAUGAUUCGAGUUAGCACACAGUAACUUUACUGAGGUUUGGUCCCAUUAAGAUCUUAUUCUGUUUUCUGUUAUUACAAAAAAUAAAUGCAAACAUUAAGAAAAAUGAUCAAAUUUGAUUCCACCUUUACUAAACUCAUCAUGUGACUCACUGUCAACCCUUUACACAAAAAAUACAAGAAUAUUUUCCUUUAGUUUCCUCAGGACUUCAUUUAAAUAAUAUUUUUGCUUUUCUUAUUUUUAUUCAAACAAUAGAAGCUUUUAUGCAUGAAAAAAAAAUCCUAAAAAAA